GUUACAGUGAAAAGAUCAACAAAAAAUCCUCCUUGUAGUAGAAGUCAUUAGAAAAUUCGAUUCACUUUGAAGAAAUAUAGAUUACGGGUGUUUUAUGAAUUAUAUUCAUAAUCAUGAUGGUUUUAAUGAAAGUCUUCAUCUGUGCUUUGUUGGUGAACAUGGUAUACUCAUUUACUUUAAUUAAGAAUAUUGAACACAUACUUGAACGCGAAAGAAGAUCUGAUGAAUGUGCAGUACCUAAUAAUAUAGAUGAGUUAUUUACUAAUUUGAAUUCUCAUGUGAACCGUGUUGAGUUCCUCAUUGCAGUAAAUGCUACACAUCAACCGAAUGCACAGGGAUUCAUUCCACCUGCAUUUGGAGAUCAGACAGAUACUGAAUGUCCAAAGGAAUAUACCGGAAAAGAUACCAGUAAUAGUGAAAUAUGGCAAAGAUCAACGUGUCCAUGGUUCUACAGUGAAAGGAAUUACGGAGCUGAGUAUUACCCAAGUAAAGUUUUUAACGCUGCUUGUAAAUGUGUUGAUUGCUUGUAUUCUAAGAAUAAUUUCGAGACUGGGUGUUCCAGAAUCUACAAGAAUAUCAACAUUUUAAAGAAAACAGGCUGUAGUAAUGGCUUUUAUACAUACGAACAAAGAUCUAUAAGUGUAAGUGUUGGAUGCACAUGUGCUAAGUUACAAGCUAAUAUUGGAUAAAUUUAUUCAUAUUAGAUUGCUAACGUUACCAACAAGUUGUUUUAGUGUGUCUCAUACACGGCACGAUUUUAGUAGGUCUGUUUUAAGACCAAAUUUAUGUAAUUAUUUCAUAAUUAAUGCAUGCACAUAUUUAUUAAUUCAUUGCAUGAUAAUUUAUUUUAAUUUAUCAAUUAAUUAUAUUAUUUAUUACUUCAUCACAAAAUGCUCAUAAUAACUUACGCUUUUUUUUUAAAAGUAUUAUUUUAUAUAAUUUAUUGCAUUAAAUAUUUAAACUCUGUUCAUUGUAUAUAAAUUCAUAUUAUUUAUUAUUAUUUGAUAGCAUUCAAUGCAUUUAUUUGUCUAAUAUUUAUGAAUGAAUGAUAUUUAUUGGUAUGUUUGGUAGUAUACAAGGUGAACAAUCAUUUUAGCUUAGGAAAUGUGUGUUAUGAAUAUUGUAAGAAUUUUGUAUAGCAAAUUGAAUCACGAUGGAUUAUUCGGAAUCUUAUACGAAUAAAAUAUACCUUCUACAAGGUGGAAUGUAUUUCUAUGUUAUCAACUAUCGUAAUUAUAGAUGAAAUAAUUGCUCAAAGAUAAUGUAGAAUUUAGAAAUCCUAAUGAAUUGUACUUAUUUUACUAUUGUUUAAACUGAAUUAAUGUGAUUUAUAUAAAUGAAAUAUAUAUAUAAUUGUAAAAUGCUUUAACUGUUUGUUACUAUACUGAUCUCAAUUGCAAUUAAUUUUAAAAUAAAAUAUAGAUU